AUGUCUCGAGCAGAUUACCUUUCAAAGUACCUAGAUGGUGCUAAUAAAUCCGAAAGAAAUGAUAAAAGGAAAAAGAAGAAAACCAUUCCCAUUCCAACAUCAAAUAUAACGAUAUCCAAAUCAAAACAAUUUCUACCUACACCUAAUCAUGACGUCUUUAGCGAACUUGACGACAAUGACGAAUCAGGCCCCGUCGUGGUGGAGAAUGUAAAAGAAAACAAAGGAUUCAAACGAAUAGACAAUACAUCGCUAGUCAAAUCAUCCACAACAAAUCAAGAAGUGGCACUGGCCCCCUCCACGACGCACAAACAAUCGGAAACAGUAUAUCGUGACGCUUCAGGAAGAGUAAUAGAUAUUAAAGAAGCUAAGCUUGACUUUGAACGACGGAAACAACAAAAACAAGAGCAAAAGCAACAAAUAGAAGUGCGUACAUCACCUCAAGAUCAACAGCAACAGGAAUCGAUUGAAUUCAAACCAAAACUCAAUGCCAAUUUCGAAGACCCUUUAAACAUUUUCCAGGAUAGUGUUGAACUGGAGAAGAAUGAAUCUGAAGAUAAACUGCGGUCACGAUUUACGUAUAAUAAGGGUGUCAAUCCUCGGAAUCGGUUUGACAUACCUGCUGGCUAUUUUUGGGAUGGAAUUGAUCGAUCUAAUGGUUUUGAGGAGUUAAUGUUGAGAAAGAUUAAUGAAAAGAGCUAUAGCAAAAUGGAGAGGAAAUUUAAUCAAGACUAUGACUUGGAUUUUGAUGAUGAUGAUUAG